AUGCUUGACCCUAAAAUGACACCCGAAGGCCGUAUAGUUAGAGACACGGUCAUCUCACAAUAUGUAACUGUUUCUGGACUCGCGCUACUCUUAUACGAUCACUGCCUCACUUUGGCCGCUGAAGUUGAAUUGGUCUGGCCAGCUAAAAUGAGCCCAGUCAAAUGCGCAUUCCUGAUCAAUCGAUACGUAUGCCCCCUAGUAUUAUCUUUCAUAUGCGCAGUGAACUCUGGGCAUUGGAAGAACUUAGACGACAAAUAG